AUGGCAAUGCCUGCACUUGAUUACAACAAUACAAAUACAGUUCGGUUCUCAUUGGCUUCUUGUGUAACUGAAGAUAGUGUGGAUUCAGUUGCCUUGGCAACUCCAUUGGAUCAAUCCCCACCCCCUCCUCCAUCAAACACAUUUUCGAUCAUCAAUAUUGUCAAUGAUGAUCCCCUGCCAGGUAUGAGCAACUAUCCAGCCAUAGCAUCUACAUAUAUGGCCAGACGUCGUCGAGCUCAAACUUCGCCCAGACCAGUUCCCACAUCCAUCAUCCAAUCUAUGCCUCCUCAGCAACCUACCAUGGUUCAUACCACAUCAGCAAAUCAAGCUGAUACCAGUGAUACUAAAUCGAAAAUGAGCAAGCUUUGGCCAAAGAUCAAGAGGAUUAUCAUGUCAGCAAAUCAUCACAAUGAGGGAUCGCUGGAACCUAUGCACCUCCACACUACGAAAUUAGAAUCUCCACAUAGUUCAUCUCUACAGACCAAAGGUAAGCGCUGGCUCGGUAGAAACAAAUCAAGGGUUGAACCACAGCGAUAA